AGAACCUUCCCAGAGUUGGCUGCAGAUAAGCAGAACAGGGAUCUUGUUGUGUGUCUUUGCAAGUUGUCGCGUUUCCUCAAUCCACCAUGUGUUGGCCAGCAGCCUUUGGAAGCCACUUCAAGUCAAUUUGAACGGAAACUUUUUCCUAAGUUGGGCUUUGUUUGUUACAUUUUUUUGGCUCUCCAGCAGCAAAUUUUUGUCGAUGUACAAUUCUUGUCCCCGAACCAGAGAGGCUGCUUGAAUCGGUGCAAACACAACUCAAAAAAUGGAGCCUUUUCCCGACCAAUUCACGGAAUUCCACCCAAUCCAUGGCACCAACGUCAUACUGGACCGCUCAGGAACCCAGGCCACCCGCGUGGAGAGCUUUGCUAACGGAGUGUGUUUCAGCAAACACCCCCUGAAGCCUGGGGAGAUUUUUCUCAUCGAGAUCGAGGAUAAGGAGCUGGGCUGGUGCGGACACCUCCGGGUCGGCCUGACAGCCAGGGACCCGGGGGGCCUAGAUGUGGUACCUGAAUACUCCAUCCCGGACCUGACGGAUGUAGGGGACAGCUGGGUUUUCGCCAUUACUCGCAACCACAACAAGGUCAUAGAGGACCCAGGAGCAGAGGGUGAGGAAGCUGGAGAGGGAGGACUGGCUGGAGGACACAGGCUCGGACGAGGGGAGGUGGAAGGUUUACUUGGAGUUGAAGGAGAUGUUAAUCAACGAGGGGGCAACAACAGCAAACCAAAGACCUUCUUCACUGACUCUCACUUGUACAUUGAGAAUAUUCGGAUCCCCAGAGACAAGCUGGUCGGACGGAGCAGGCCCGGACGCUUCAGUCACAUUUUGGACGACUUGUAUAAAACCAACGCUUUGCCUCCCACAGCCAGACGCAGCAGGAUAGGAGUUCUGUACGUUCAAAAGGGGAGAGACCUGGCUGAUAUGCACAUAGUCAUCAAUGGAGAGGACAUGGGAGCUUCUGCAAAGGGGAUCCCAGCCGUCCAACCUCUCUAUGCUGUGGUGGACGUCUUUGCUGCUACUAAGUGUGUCCGAAUCGUCCAGGUGGAGUAUGGAUUCUCGUCCUUGCAGACAUUGUGCAGGAAGGCGAUCCAGAAGCACAUCGUCCACAGGAUGGCCAUUGACUGGCUUGAGCUGCCGGAGGCUCUGAAGCACUACUGCAAAUAUGAAUGAUGGACGCAGCCCUUCCAUGGACAGAAAUAUGAUCUCUGAUUUGUCUCAAGAAAAAUACAUUUAUUUUUAUGAUGGAACUCUAUUUAUUUAUUUAUUUAUAGAGUAAAGCUAGAAGACAAAUGCUCUUGAAACUUGCCAGACUGUGAUAACACUGACACCAUUAUUUUGAGGUGACAUUUGCCAAAUAAAAUAAAUUCACAGU